AUGACGGCCCCCCUACCGCCCUUCGCGGCCUUCCCGUCCGCAGAAUGGAGACGGGCCUGCCCGCCCGGCGACUGGGCCGCCCUCCUCGGCGCCUGGACCCUGCUGGCCGAGGCCCACCUGAGCCUGCCGGACGACGACUUCGCGCGCGCCUCCCUCGCCGACGAGUCCCUCUCGUCCUUCCUCCCCGGCCUCGCCAGGGAGGCGGCGGAGUCUCCGGAGGACGGCCUCCUCGGCAGCGGCAGCUCAGACGACCCCGCCGGCGCGGGCUCGCGCCUGCUGCUGCUCAGGUCGACCUUCCGCCUCGCCGCCCGCGUCCUCAGGUCCGCCGCGCCCCCGCCCUGGGCCCUGCAGUGGUCCUUCCUCUCGGACCUCGCCCGCCUGCACGGCAGGAGACGCACGGCGCGGCUCCUCGCCAGCCUGUCCCCGGCGUCCCUCUCCGCCCUCGAGACCUCCUCCCUCCAGGCGCUCAAGAAGGCCCUGAUCGCGGACCUGGACAAGGGCAUCAACGGCGACCUCCGGGCCGCGGAGCAGCGCCUCGUCCGCCUCAACUUCCUCGUCGGCGCCUCCCCGGCCCGCGUGGCCGCCUUCUUCCUCGCCGGCGACGACUACCUCGACGCCCUGCUCUCCUGCUUCCGCGUCAUGAACCCGCCCCUGCGCCGCGCCAUCGUCACGAACCUCUACCUCUGCCUGGCCGGGCUACUCGUCGUCGACGGCGCCGGCAACGGCGAGCCGCCCAAGGUCUCGAUGCUGACGGACCGGCUCUACGCGCUCAAGGCCGCCGCCGACGCCCACAGGGCCGGCCCGCUCAACGCCAACGACUCGCUCGUGGCCGAGCUCGUCACCACGACCCCGAUCCUCCAGCACGUGCAGCGGAGGCUCGAGGCCGCUGCGGUGGAGGUCCCUGGCCGCACCAGGAACAUGAUCCGGGACCUGGCCUCGUUCCGCAAGCCCGGCGCGGGCAUGCGGCCCAGGAGGCCCGUCCGGAGGAAGAUCGACAAGGGCAAGGGCGUCGAGGUGGUCGACCACGACGCCGUGGAGCAGCAGGUCCACGUCCACCGCAUGAGCCAGAUCACGCAGAUUCAAGACCUCUUUCCGGAGCUCGGGUCGGGCUUCGUCGCCAGGUUGCUCGACGAGUACGGAGAUGACACGGAACAGGUCAUCGCACAUCUGCUCGAGGAUACACUGCCGCCGCACUUGAAGAGCGCCGACCGCGGUGAACAAUUAACCUCCAAUGCCAUGCAGAAAGAGCAUCACAAAGACCUGGCACCCAAGUCAACGCCUCCUCCGUCUUAUCAGCUUCCCACGCGCCACAACGUCUUCGACGACGACGAGAUGGACAGGCUCGUCGUAGACACCUCCAAGCUCCACUUCGGCAAGCACGAGUCCAGCCGCACGGCAGAAGACAUCCUGCAAGACCGCUCCACCGCUCCCAACAAGGCGGCCAUCCUAUCGGCCCUCGCAGCAUUCGACUCGGACGACGACGAGCGCGACGACACCUACGACGCCGAAGACGUGGGCGGCACCGUCGACGCCGCCACGGAGGAGGACCCGCAGGAAGCCAACGAGGAAGCGCUCUUCCGGGCCUUCUUGGCGGAUCCCUACGCGUUCGACAGGGACGCAGGUACCAGGCGAGGCAUCGCGAGAGCCAAGCUGAAGGAAGAGACGGGCAUGACCGACGAGGCCAUCGAGGGCUGGGGCCUCAUGCUCGCAAGGAACCCGCAGAAGAAGAGGAGACUCGAAAACAAAUUCACCGCCUUCACGGGCGUGCAGAACGAGCUGGCCUCCACGGCCUGGCGAGCAAGCCCUGCCGGUUCUGGCGCAGAAGACUCGGAGGCCGACGGCCGGGGAACGUCGCGAGGUAGAGGCGGGGGUAGGGGCAGAGGAGGGAGAGGCCGGGGCGGAGGCGGCCGUGGACGGGGGGGUAACGUGGCCGGACCAACAGGCGAGAAGGAGACAGAGCAAGCCCGGAGGAGGAAAGAGGCGGCCAAGAGCUCCAGGGCGAACCACAACCGCCGCGAUCAGCGGGCGAGGAAGAUGGCCCGCGGUGGGUUCGCGGGCUAG